AUGGAUAUGACUGGUGCGAAUUCCCUUAAUAUGAGGCCGUUAUUUGCUGGAUAUCCUUUCCAAGGUCAGGGACGUGUUAAUCAGCUUGGAGGCGUUUUCAUCAAUGGCCGACCUCUUCCUAACCACAUCCGAUUAAAAAUUGUCGAAAUGGCUGGCAGCGGAAUUCGACCAUGUGUUAUUUCUAGACAGUUGCGGGUGUCACACGGCUGCGUUUCGAAGAUUCUGAAUCGUUACCAGGAAACCGGUUCCAUUCGACCCGGCGUAAUAGGAGGAUCCAAACCUAAAGUUACCUCGCCUGAAAUUGAGGCCCGAAUUAAGGAAAUGUGCAAAGCCAAUCCAGGACUUUUCAGCUGGGAAAUAAGAGAGAAACUGAUAAAGGAAGGCUUCACCGAUCCGCCCUCAACAUCAUCGAUAAGCCGAUUGUUAAGAGGCAACGAUCGCAGCAGCGAUGAUGGGCGCAAAGACUACAGCAUACAUGGCAUCUUAGGCGGGAGAGAUUCGGAUAUCAGUGAUACAGAAUCGGAACCAGGCAUACCUUUAAAACGAAAACAACGGAGAUCGCGUACAACAUUUUCCGCCGAUCAAUUGGAGGCACUAGAGAGAGCGUUUGCCCGCACCCAGUAUCCCGAUGUCUACACCCGUGAGGAAUUGGCACAAACGACACAACUAACAGAGGCGCGAAUACAAGUGUGGUUUAGCAAUCGGCGAGCUAGGUUACGCAAACACUCGGGUGGUGCUAACAUGAACAGUGCGUCGAAUAAUGCAGGCGUGCAAACGUCUUCAGGAACGGCCGCCACUGGAGCAAGUGCUUUGCCAUUUGGUUCCUUGGCAAUGGGUUCCAUGGGCUACAGUCCAGCAGCGGGUAGUACAGCCUCCAGCACGGGUAUGAAUGAUCAGCACAGUGUACACGUGGCGGCAGCAGCAGCUGCGGCUCACCAUCCCGCCCACCAUCACCACCAUCAUACACAGAUGGGCAGCUACGAUUUAAUGGCAGCUCAAUCGGCCCACCAAGGAUUCUCCAGCGGUUUCCAUAACACACAUUUCCCCACACAAAACUACUAUCACCAAGACUACUCAAAGCUUUCGAUAGAUGAUUUCUCCAAACUUACAGCCGAAAGUGUUUCGAAAAUGUCACCCUCACUCCACCUCAACGACAACUAUCCUAAAUUAGAGAAUGCCACGAAUUGGUCUCAGGCUGCCGCCUAUCAGACAGCAGCAGCCGCUGCGAAUUAUACAGCUGCUCACCAUGCCCAGCUCAACGAAUAUGCUGUCGCGGCUGGCACAUCCUUAACACACAACAGUGUCCCCACCAUCACUGGCCCAUCUGCUGCUGCUCCCGGUGCAACAACUCCAUAUCAGCACAUACCGCAUACACAAAACGAUGCCAAAUAUUGGUCAUGA